AUGCCACCUUUAGCCUUUGGUUUACUGCUGUUGUGCACUUUCCUAGCUACGGUGAGAGGUCAGCAAUCAAUUGUGUCUACAAAUACAAUCAGUCCUGGAGCCAAGUUUACAGUCACCUGUGAUGCCAACAAAGCUACUGGUGCUGCUCCACAAGGAGUUGUUGGUGUACAACAGUUGACCAUUUAUCGAAACCUGACAGCUACUAACACUUAUUCCAAUAUUGCUCAGUACCGAGCCGGUAUUCCCCCCGGUGUUAGUCCAAAUGUUACGAACAAUCCUACUGGAAGAAACUGGACAUUUACAUUCAGUGGGGCCGGCAAUGGUGCAAACAACCAAGGUACAAUGAGGAUUGUGUGGGAUGUAAAUGAUGUAUCAUGUAAUGAUGCUGGAAUCUAUCGAUGUCAGAUUGACUAUUUUGUACUGAAUGGUCCAGCAGUUACUGUCUAUGCUGCCGAUCAGAAUGUAACAGCAACAGUUGGACUGUCCAAUUUUGAAUUAAAAGCCGACCCGUAUCAAAAUGAUUUUGCUGUGGAUGACAAUGUCACAUUUAUAUGCUCGGCUAUU